CUCGCUCGGCCAUCGACGUCAAUGGAAUGGACGGAAAGGGUCAGGAGGGAAGCGUGUAUCCUAUUUCUCAAGUUCAUGAUGGAGUUUCCUGAUUCUUCCCAGUUGUUAAUAAGAGAGAAGGGAAUUGGAGCAAAUCGAAGCCCUCUACAUCCUCCUCGACUCUGAUAUCUGGUCCCCCAGUUAGGUAACCAUGGAAUUCCAUAUGAGCCAUCUGUGGUUCUGGCUCGGCGCCAUAGCCGUGUCCGGCUUCAUUUAUACGACAUGUCUCGUCAUCUACCGGCUCUUCUUCCACCCGCUGGCCAAGUACCCGGGCCCCUUCCUUGCCAAGCUGACGGACGGCUACAUGCUGUACCACGCGUGGAAGGGUGACCGGCACCUCGAGUUCUGGCGCAUGCACGAGCGGUACGGGCGCUGCGUGCGGUUCGGCCCCAACGCGCUCUCGGUCAACAGCUCCGGCGCCCUGCGCGAGGUCUACGGCUUCCGCGCAAACGUGCGAAAGGCCGAGUUCUACGACGCCUUCGUCCACCCGGCGCCAAACACCCACAAUUCGCGCGACAGGGACGUCCACGCCCGCAAGCGCCGCGUGCUCUCGCAGGCCUUCUCCGACGGCGCCGUUAAGGAGGUCGAGAAGUACAUCCUUGCCAACAUUAGGACAUUCUGUGACCUCGUCGGAGGAGCCGGGUCUACCGGAGCAGUCGCGGCCGGGUCUGAGGUUGAGCGGAAGGGUUGGUCCACGCCUAGAAACAUGUCUGACUGGUGCAACUGGCUGGCCAUGGACAUCCUGGGCGAUCUGUGCUUCGGGAAGGCGUUCCACAUGCUCGAGCGCCCAGACAACAGGUAUGCCAUCGAUCUCGUAGGCGUGGCCGCGCGAAGGCAUUUGAUCUGCGGCACUAUGACCAUCGUCAACAAGCUCAGCCUGGACAAGAUCCUGUUCCGCAAGAUCGCGGCCGGCAGGGCUCGGUACAUGAACUACAGCCGGGCGCAGCUGGUCGAGCGGACCAAGCUGGGCGACGAGACCGACCGUCGCGACUUCUUCUACCACCUGCUCAAGGCCCGCGAUCCUGAGACCGGACAGGGGUUCAGCACCCCGGAGCUGUGGGGAGAAUCCAAUUUGCUGUGAGUACCUUCCGUCCGACUUUCCGCUUACGGUAGGGCAACCUCGGCAGGCAGCCGGCUGACAACACGCAGCAUCAUCGCCGGUUCCGACAC